ACGCCACCGCCACCGCCACCCACGCUGCACUCCGGCGACCCGCGAAGAUGCAGAUCUUCGUCAAGACGCCGUCGGGGAAGACGAUCACGCUCGAGGUCGAGGGCGGCCACGACAUCGCCGACGUCAAGGCCAGGAUCCACGACAAGGAAGAUGUGCCGCCGGAUCAGCAGCGCCUCAUCUUCGCAGGGAAGCAGCUGGAAGAAGGCCACACGCUGGCGGACUACAACAUCCAGAAGGAGUCCACGCUUCACCUCGUGCUCCACCUCCACGGCGGCAGGGGCGGCACCGGCAAGGGGGGAACCUACCCGAAGAUCGAGCCCAACCUCCUUCAGCUCGCCCUCAAGUACAGGCAGCUUAAGCUCGUCUGCCGCAAGUGCUAUGCACGCCUUCCCGUCAGGUCUGCCAACUGCCGCAAGAAGAAAUGUGGCCACUGCAACGAGACGAGGACCAAGAAGAAGCUGAAACCCAGGGACCCAUGAAGCACUGCACUGGCCAGCAAGAGAAAGGGAUACCCAAGUGACACGCACCAGCUGAAUUUACCCUACCGUCUCCUUAUAUUAGCUCCUUAUAUUAGCUUCUUGUUACCUUUUAAGUUCCUGCUGCUGCUGGGUUUAAACACCCUAAAUGCGUACUCUAGCUGAAUAGUACUAUGGAUUCCUGUUGCAUCAUGGGUUCUGUUGAUGAUCCCCUAAAUACUCUUGAUGGUGAUGCCGUGCUUAAGGGAUGCUAGUUACGAAUUCCUGCUGUUAUCAUCAUAUGGACAUGGGUUCUGUUCUGUUGGAAUAGAUGAAUGGAUGCUUCUCCAGUUUA